AUGACCUCCAAGCUGUCGCACCCUAACAUCCAGAACGGAUGGUUCCGCGAGUCCGGCGCGAUGUGGCCGGGCCAGUCGAUGAACAUCGAGGUGAACGAGAUUCUGCACGUGGAGAAGUCCAAGUACCAGGACGUGCUUGUGUUCUCGUCCAAGACGUACGGCAACGUGCUUGUGCUGGACGGCGUGAUCCAGGUGACGGAGCGCGACGAGUUCAGCUACCAGGAGAUGAUCACGCACCCGGCGAUGUUUGCGCACCCGAACCCGGAGCGCGUUCUGGUGAUUGGCGGCGGCGACGGCGGCGUGCUGCGCGAGGUGGUCAAGCACCCGCAGGUCAAGGAGGCGGUUCUGUGCGACAUCGACGAGUCGGUGAUCCGCGUGUCGAAGCAGUUCCUGCCGUCGCUGGCGGUGGGCUUUGAGAGCCCCAAGGUGUCGGUGCACAUUGGCGACGGGUUCGAGUUCCUGCAGAACAAGAGGGACUACUUUGAUGUGAUCAUCACGGACUCGUCGGACCCUGUGGGCCCGGCCGAGAGCCUGUACCAGGCGCGGUACUACGAGCUGAUGCGCGAUGCGCUGCGCGAGGGCGGCAUGGUGUCGACCCAGGGCGAGUGCCAGUGGCUGCACCUGCCGCUGAUCAAGGAGGUGCUGACGUUUGCCCGGCGGCUGUUCCCGGUGGCCGAGUACGCGUACACUACCAUCCCGACCUACCCGUCGGGGCAGAUCGGCUUCAUCAUCUGCUCCAAGGACAAGAACGCCAACCUGAAGGAGCCGGUGCGCAAGAUGACGGCCGAGCAGGAGCUCAAGCUGUUCAAGUACUACAACUCGGAGAUCCACCGCGCGGCGUUUGUGCUGCCCAACUUCACCCGCCAGGCGAUCGCUGGUGCCGGUGAGCAGGACAAGUCCGAGUAG